AUGCUGCUCGCGCUGCUAGAUCACUUCAACCAUGAGUUUUACUACACGACAGACUGGCAGCCCACCAUUCACUCCUCCACUGCUGACAUCAACAACUUUGCUGCUGACGUCAUCUCUCCAGGCCAGCCAAUCAGCGUGGGCUAUGGCUCCAUGGACACCGCCCAGUUCCUGCUGCUGUACGGCUUCCUGCCGCCCAACAACCCAUUUGACCAGUUCGUCCUUUUCGAAAACGCCACAGUGCUUCUUGACUACUACGAGACAAAAUCUUGCCGAGUGAGCUCUGUCUCUCACACUCACGUCUUCCCAGAGGGACCUGCAGAGAGGGUGCUAGAAGAGACAAGGGAUGCCGCCCAGGUGCUGCCGGUGCUGUCCAGGCAGCGCAGCGAGGAGAUAUCGUCAGCGCUGACGAGGCGACAGCUGUCGGAAGACAAGUGGUGGACAGCUGUCAGUCGCGUGGUGCAGGGGCUAGCCCUCAUGGCGAAGCAGGUGCAGGCGGAGCUCGAGGCGGACGGCAGUCUGCAGGACUCCGCCAGCUCAGCAGGGGCGGCGGCGGGUGGCAGGUGGGUGCAGCUGGCAGCAACGGGGGAGGAGAUGGCGGGCGGCACAGUUCCUGGUGGUGGCAGGUGGGUGCGCCAUGUAGCUACUGGGGAGGAGAUGGCGGGAGGGAAGGUGAUGUGA